CGCCGCGCCCUCCCACGGAACCCACUCCCACGCCCACCCCCAACGCGUCCACAGAAGCACAGGAGUCGUCCAAGAAAGAAGCACUCGCCAUGGCCGGCUGCUGCAUCUUCCUCCGGCGGCCGUCGACCGCGUCCGCCUACCGCCUCGGGUACCACUCCCUCGACGGCGACCAGGAGGCCGCCGGCCCGCCCCCGCCCCCGGCGACGGUGACGGUGGUGGUCGGGAAGGAGCGGCGGGUGUUCGCGGUGGACCAGCUGGUGCUCGACACCUACCCGUUCCGGGUGCUCCUGGAGACGGCGGCCAGGAAGGAGGAGCGCAGGGGCAAGGCCCUCUUCGUGGACGUGGACGCCAUCCUCUUCGAGCACAUCCUCUGGCUCGCCGGCUGCCACGACCGCUCCGCCGUCUCCCUUCUCCAGCCCGACCUCCAGGACAUCAUCGACUUCUACUCCCAGGACGCCUGAAGACCAUCAUCUCAUCACAUUCUUUGUUGUUCAGUCUACCCAUUCUUUUAUUUUUCUUCCUCUUCUUUUCCAGAUGCUAGUGUGCAUAAUGUUCAGAUCAUCUGUUAUAAGUUACGACAGUGAGAUGAAAAAUACUAUAGUAAAUUAUAGAAAGAAUAAAUCUCUUGGUCGCUACUGAACCUCGAUGCAUAGCAGCUGUCUUCCUAGUUGCUGGCACGCACGUCCUUCAUCUGAA